CUCCCUCUCGUCACAGAGAUCACUUAAACUUCAUCCCGCCCAACAUAUACGAGUCUGCUUUUCUCCGCAUAUACUCUCCUAAUUCUCUUCUCCAAAUCACUGUGACCAAUCUUUCAUUCAAUCAAGGCAAGUAACACAGAAAUACAAUGCCUCCGAAAGGCAGCAAACGCAAGGACACCGCUCCGGCAUCUUCAGCCAAAUCAGCCACAACGACUAUUGCAAAAUCUACAGCUCGCCCCAACUGGCCACCUUUAGAACCACUUGUGCCAAACUGCGAUCUUUCUCUGUCAACUCUCGUGGAGAAUCAAAUAAUCACUAUCCCUAAUUUCUUCACCGCCAGUCUCUGCAAGACCUACGUGUCUUUUCUCUCAAGCCUACCAUUUCUCACGACUCCCGCUAAGCCCAAAAAGGGCGAUGCUGUACGUGUCAAUGACCGUUUCCAGAUUGAAGAUCCCGCUUUUGCGGAACAGCUAUGGAACUCUACCGCUUUGAAAGAUUUGGUCUGCGGAUCUGCUAUAUCAGAGUAUGAUUAUGCGGAAGAGGGUAUGUCUGAAGCGGCCAGACGCCAGUUAUGGGGCGGAGAAGUCGUCGGAUUAAAUCCGAAUAUCAGAAUCUACCGCUAUCGAAAGGGGCAGUUUUUUGCACAGCAUUACGACGAGUCCAACAAACUUAGUCUUCCGACUACACCCACCGCGACCCCCGCCAAAACCACUUGGACUUUACUCAUCUACUUAACAUCUCCUUCAUCCGGAUGCAUUGGUGGAGAAACAGUAUUUUAUCCGGACCCGUCAACGUCAUCAUCAAGCAAUGGCCUCACCAGCGGUAAAUCUGUGGUCGUAUCGCUCGAGACUGGCACUGCGCUCCUGCACAAGCAUGGGGAGGACUGCAUGCUGCAUGAAGGGCUGGAGGUAAAAGAGGGCGAAAAAUGGGUCAUUCGAAGCGAUUUAUGUGUUCGGCGAUAA